AUGUCAGACCCAGAGGAAAUCGCAAUCGAACAGGCCAUCCUGGAUAAGAUUCAGGAUGGCGAUGCUGAACUACCAAACCAGAUGUUCAAAGUCGCUCAUCGUCACUUCACUCGGUACAGAAGACUCCACCACAUGGCCGACCUUGACAAAGCCAUUAGAAUGGCUACCGACGCUAUCAGACUGACACCAAAAGACCACCCAAAUCGAACGGCGCGAAUAAUCAAUCUUUCUGUCUAUUGGCAUGACAAGUUCCCGGGCAGCGAUUCAACAAAUGUUCAAGGUCUUGGAGAUUCUAUCCAAGCUUCAAGGAACGCGAUUGCUUCUCUGCCUGACACUUAUCCACAUCGAGGAACCUUACUCGACCAAUUGGCCACAAAGCUUGGGCUGUUGUUCAAGCAGACAAGAGACGUCGGCGUGAUCGAAGAGAACAUAAAGACCCAGCGCGAGGCUAUAGAUGUGACACCAGUCAAUCAUCCCAAAUACCUCACCUUUUUUGCUAACCUGGCUGCUCCCAUUACCGCCCGAUAUCAAGCCCUUGGAAAACGAGAAAACCUGGACGAAGCUGUGGAUAUUUGCGGCCAGGUCUUGGCACAAACGGAGGAGGACUCUCCACAUUUCCUCGGACGACUGGGCAACCUUUCCAUCACCCUGAGCGACAGAUUCGAUGUACUGGGAGAUAUGAAAGACCUGGAUGAAGCUAUCGAAAUCACGGGAAACGUGUCUGAUCUCGAUGAAUCCAUCCAAACACUGCAAAAGGUGUGCGACCGUGUUCAGGAUGACGAGGUCUUUUUUGAUAGGCCAAGAUGUCUCACCAAUCUGGGCAUCCAGCUCAGUCGAAGGUACAGAAAGAACGGAACUAUCACUGAUUUGAAGACGGCAAUAGAGGUUUGCCGAAAGGCUUGCGACAUCGUACCCAAUGACGAUCAGCAACGAUGUUUCUCCAACCUCGCGAUCACUCUGAAGCAUGAAUAUUUCCGAACUGACAAUGUCAAGGUUCUGGAUGAGGCUAUAUCUAUGCAAAGAGAAGCUGUGCGAACAGUUCCAAAGCACCAUUCCGACUUGGCAGCCACUGUUCAUAACCUUGCUGCUCUUCUCUGGACGAAGUUUUCCGCAAUGGACAGAAUGGAAGAUCUUGAAGAAGUUCUGAAAAAUGCACAAAAGGCUGUUGAGCUGACGCCGAAAGAGCAUUUGAACAGAGCUGCGUAUCUCAACACUCUGGCAAUGCAGCUGCGCGAUAUGUCGAGGAAGACGGGAGUCGAUAGCCACAUGCAUGAGGCUAUUAGCCAUGGUAAGGUCGUACUUGAGGCAACACAGAAAGGCCACCCAGAGCAAGCCAACCGUUUAGUGGCCCAAGGUAUACGAUACGGAGAUCUGUACUGGAAGACAAAUGAGCGGGAGUAUCUUACAUCGGCCAUUGAUCACUUCGAGUCAGUAUUGCACAGCUACAAUUGCCAUGAGGAUCGCCGGAUAGGUGCAGCGAAAGAGCUGUUCAGAUAUUACGCGGCUGUGCCCGAUUGGGAGAAAGCAUAUGAAGCAGCGGAGAUGGCUAUUAGCCUUAUUCCCCAGCUCAUCGCAUCAACCACAAAUAACGCUGAUAAGCAAGAUGUUCUGGUUCAGAUUUAUGGAGUGGCUUCUGAUGCAGCAGCCGUCGCUAUAUCUGCGGGUAAGGGAGCAUUUGCUGCGUUGAGGUUUCUGGAGCAGGGUCGUGGUAUGUUGGCGGCAUCGGUUGAAGAAACACGUAUUGAGGUUGGACGCCUUCAGAAAGAACAUCCCGACCUUGCAAGGCGCUUCACUGAACUUCGAAGUCAUAUUGAAGGCUCGAAGACUGUCACCAACUUGACUGAUCUAUCGCCCAAACACCAAAAGCCCACAACGUCAGCAACUGACCCACAAGCAGGCACUCAAACCCACGAUGUUGACGCGCUGCUCGGCGAAAUCCGUCAUAAUCCUGGGUUCGAGGAUUUUCUGACAGCGCCAAGUGAGAGCAAUGUCAAGAAUGCUGCUUCCUGUGGUCCGAUCGUUGUCAUCAACAUCAGUCAACUCCGUCGAGACGCUAUUCUUGUGGAGCGAGAUCAAAUUCGAAGCAUUCCAUUGCCUCAGCUCACCAUCCAAGAUCUCAAGUCCAACAGCCAAGAGAUCCACACGGCGAGUCCCAAGGUACUAGAGUGGCUUUGGGAUACCAUCGCGGAACCUGUACUGAAUGCACUAGAGAUUGAAGGAGGCUCGACUGAAGGAUCUCUGCCAAGGGUUUGGUGGACACCGACUGGUAUACUGAGUAUCUACCCUCUCCAUGCAGCUGGAAGACACUACAAAGGGUCUUCGGAGACUAUUAUGGAUCGAGCCAUGUCAUCCUACAGUUCAUCCGUCAAGGCGAUCAUACGAAGUCGAAGCCGAGCGGGUCUAGACCGUGAUCCAUCAGGGCUUGAACGCGCAGUGCUGGUAUCGAUGGGCCGAACACCUGGAAAUAGUACAUUGCCAUCAGCAGGGAAUGAAGUUACACUGCUGCGACCUAUCUGCGAGUCUAAGGGAUUUGAUGUGGUUGAACCGAAGCCUGUCAAAGAGGCGGUGGUUGCCGAGUUGCCGCAGUGUAAGGUCUUCCACUUCGCUGGUCACGGUAGUACCAACGGACCUGAUCCAUCUCAAAACACCUUGUUGCUACAAGAUUGGCAGAAAGACCCACUUACAGUGUCGACUCUUCUGGACAUCAACAUCCAGCAAUACUCGCCAUUUUUAGCAUACCUCUCUGCUUGCGGCACCGGCCAGAUUGCACACGAGAAAUUCCUCGAUGAGAGAGCAUUCACCUUAUCACGUGGGGAGGGGGCUGAUGAGUCUGUUUGUAAGGGCUUACACAAGGCGAUACUAGUCGUGCGAGAGGAGUGGUAUGACGCACAAGCUCAAGCCUCGAGUCGCAAGAGGAAGGCCAGGUCGGCUAUCGAAGGUCGAGCAAAAGGACAGAGGGACCCUCGUGACAUUGUUGCGAUGGACGAUGAAGAAGACGAGGAUGAUGUUGUCAAGUUGCCUCAAUGGGUUCCUUACGUUCAUUACGGAGUCUAG